CCCUCGUGCCUAAUCGUCCGUUCUGCGAAUUCGUACAAUUUUAUUCGCGGGUAGAAAAAAAUCAUUUUUAUAAAAGUUUUUGGAUUGCUGAUCCAACGGAUAUGCAGCAAAACGAAUAAUGAUCCGCAUCAUCCAUAAGACACCUGACCACAGUAUAAUGUUGAUCGUUUAUCUCUUGUUGGUGUUAUGCGCCGGACGUCUUAUCGAUGCCGAAAAAGCCAAGUGUUGCGGCCGCGUGACCGGGAACUGUAAGAGAGCCUGCGAACAAUUGGCUGUUCUACAAGAAUACCCAAAAGACAAAAUAGCUGGGCGGAUAACCGAUUUUUAUAAUCAUUGUUCCGCCAAAAACGUCCGGCACGUUGAAUGGUGUAUGUCGUCUUCGGCUCAAGAUACCGAGAUAAAGUGGCUGGAUGCGGCUAGGAAGUGCUGCGACGUGGCCAGGUCGGAUGGCUGCCAACUGUCCUGUUUAGACCGAAACGCCGGGUCCCGGUCUGUGCACAGGGACUGCCAAGACGAAACAGAUUUCUUUAAUUGUCUACAACACCAACAGGUCAAAGAUACGUGUUGUGGCGACAAUACGGACGCGGCGCAGUGUCAGAUCGCGUGCGAGAAAUUCCUAGCCAACACGCCAUCCAUCAACCGACACGCAGUCAACCAGGAAAUUCUCGAUCUGUGCUCGGCCGAUCGUCGAGACACGCGUUCCGCCACCACAGCCACCACAUCGGUCGAGUUGCACCGCCGGUGUACCCGAAAUACAACCGCCAGACAACCAUCGUCCGACGGACACAAAUACCUGCACUGCUGUAAGUUAGCCGCGGAUACGCAGUGUGAACAGGCCUGUCAGGACAGUCUGCGCAGAAAAUUCGACUCAGACGUCGAGGCAGUCGACAGUUUGGAGGGCAGAGGAUGCGGACCGCCGUCGUUGGACGACCGGUUUUGGCAAUGUUUCUUGCAAAGCGAACGGGCCGAGCAGAAAGAUACGUCGGCGCCUGCACCGAUGUCACAAAUAGAGAAACUCGGCAUGGAUAGCGUUAAACUACAUUGUUGUGAAAAGGCGACAAUUGCGGGAUGUCGCAAACUUUGCUUGAAAACGUUUACAAAUGAAUGGUCUUCAUCGUGGAACGAUUUCAAUUUCGAAUGUUUGUCGCAUCCUAACGAAGAUCGAUUGCUCAAGUGUUUGGACGACGUCGAAGAACCGUGUGAUCUGGGCUGCGACGGCCUGAACUACUGUACGGCAUUCAACAACCGGCCUACUGAGCUGUUCCGGAGUUGUUCGCCGCAGACGGAUGAGGCGGCCCACUACGAUGUGACGUUGUGGCGUCAGCGCGGCACCAUCACGCUGUUCAACUACGAGUUACCGCUGAAAAACAUCACCAAGUGCAUGCCCGACAGUUGGAAAGCAGUCGCCUGCAUCCUACAGAUACGGCCGUGUACUAGACAAACGCACGUCAACAAAAUCUGUCGCGACGACUGUCUGGAGCUGUUGAGCACGUGCCUGGACUGGAUAAACUCGGCGCCGGGAAUGUCGGCGAACGCGCUUUGCGCGCGACUGUCGCCCGACUCCGGGCCUUGCGUGCCGCUCGGAGCAUUCGCCGAACUCGGGGCACCUCGGCCGCAGUCACCGCGACUACAACACGACAGCCAGACGGCCGUCAUACAGAACACAGCGUUAGACUUGCCGGAGGUGACCACCCCGUGCAAGCGGAAUCCGUGCGCCCCCGGUUCUGUAUGCCUGGUCAACAGAGGCUGCAGGAUUGGCCGUGGAUGUAAGCCGUACCGGUGCGUGGCUGGGUGCAAGGCGGGCGAGGUGUCGCACUUCCUCGUGCCAGAAGACUCGUACGCUCGCAUACCCACGUUCAACGGUCAAAAGGGCUGCGUCAAGAUCUGCCUGUGCACGAAGAAGGGCAUCGAAAAAUGUCAGCAGGUACCCUGUUCGCAGAUGCAGCCCUGUUGGUUGGUUGGCAAACCGAUUGACCACGGAUCCACGUUCGAGAUGGAUUGCAACACGUGCAACUGCUUCGCCGGCGAAAUCACUUGCACAAAGAAACACUGCGAACCCACGACCGUCAACGCCGUAUCACGGUACAGACACACCGGACUGCCGUGCAACUGCGCUCCUCACCACGUGCCCGUCUGCGGUUCCAACGGCAACACUUAUCCCAACUCGUGUCUAGCCAAGUGUGCCGGUCUAUCUGACGUGGACCUCAAGUUCGGCACAUGUUGGAGCGACGAUCCUUGCGCCGGCGAUCACACUUGUCGAUCGGAUGAGAGGUGCGUGCCAGCCCGUCAGGUGUGCUUAUCAAUGUUGAAGAAAUCUUGUGUUCAAUACAAAUGUGUUUCAGAAAAGACACCAUGCGAAGACGCAGCUAAAGGUGUGGUAUGCGAUACGGACGACGUGGAACACUCUAACAUGUGUCACUUAUUACGGUCUGGCAAAACGCUAGCCUACAACGGCCCAUGCCUAGUGGGAUGCAAUUCGACGGGAAGCGUAUGCGGCGUAGAUGGCAAUACUUAUCCAUCUGAGUGCGCGGCGUUUGCGGAAUCGGCGAGCGUCGACUACCCAGGACCGUGUGCAUCUUCCGGGUUCAUCGGACACAACGGUCGGCCGUAUUGUGCCGCAAAAGGCGCAGUAGACUGCCCGAAACUGCCCCAAAAAGGAUGUCUGGGUAUCACUCCACCCGGGGCUUGCUGUCCCAAAUGCGCCGGAGCUCUGCGUUUACUUUUUAGUCAGAAACAAGUCGACCGGGUGAUGCAUACGCUGAAAAAGCCUUCGGUAAACGCACUGAACACAAAGUCUAUACUCCGGGCUUUGGACAGGCACGUGCUGGUGGCCGAAUGCGUAGUCCGUGGCCACCUGACCAUGUACCAAGACCUGCUGGUACUGGUCGAGUCCACGGUCCGGAACCCAACCAGGUUGCAACUGGAGGCUUGCAUCAGGGAAUCGGAAAAACUGUCCACACUGGUGGAAACAUCAAGUCCCCGGGUCACGAUUGACCUGAGUCUCAGCACGCUCAUCUCGGCCAGCCCAGUUCACGAGAUGGUCGCGGACGACGAUGCCGACGCCACUGCCGACGCACCCGAUCGCCGGGCCAGUGUCGCCAUCGCCUCCAUGACGCUGAUUCUGGCUGUGCUCAUUCGCUAAAAACAAAAAUAAUCCGACUGAAUUUUUUUUAUUGUUUAUUAUUUUUCAUUUCAUUUUUGUUUUAGCAUUUUACUCAACUCGAUAUUGUAUGGUUUAAAAAUAUUUCGAUAGUAAGUAAUAGUUAUUAUGUACAUAUUAUUAUUGUUAUUAUUAUUACAGUAGUAAUAUUAUUAUAUAUAGAACGAUUAUAAUAUUAUUAGCGAUGGCUGUGAUAAAAAAGCAUUAUUCUUACGUGCCUAUUUUAUACAAUGUUGUAAUGUUUUCCUU